CAAUUGUACGUGAAAUUAUAUUCAAUGGAUUGUCUGAUCCAUCAAAUAAAAUCCGUGUUUCAUCGGCAUAUGUCAUAUCUAAAAUUGCACAUAAUGAUUGGCCCGAUUAUUGGCCUGACCUUUUAGAAUUAUUGAUAUCGCUCUUAAAAACUGGUUCACCAGAACAAGUGCAUGGUGCAAUGAGAGUUAUGACCGAAUUCGUUACACAUGAUAUCACGGAAAUCCAGUUUUCUCAAAUUGCUCCCGUAUUAUUACCAGAAUUGUUAAGAAUUCUACGAUCUGACCAA